AGAUGACUCUCAACCUCCACCGAGGGAGCCUGCCCUCUUCCCAGAGACGGGCCAGCACCCCUCUGCCUGCCCUCUACCGGUCCCGCCCGGGGGCGCCGGGUGCCCGUCCCGUCCAAGCCGAGCCCUGCCACCCGCAGCUGGGCCAUUCCUCCUCCUGCGAGCCGAAAGCCAGCCUGCCUGAAACACGGGACAGCUGGUCGUCUGAAUCCUCCGACAGCUCUUGGGAGUCCUUGUAUCGCGUGGUACUGCUGGGGGACCCCGGGGUGGGCAAGACCAGUUUGGUGAAUCUCUUUGCUGGGGUUCAAGAGAAGGAUCUGCCGGAACAACAGAGAGACCCUGAUUCAUUUGAUUCCGACUUCCACGAGAGUGGUGAGUCCACAGAUUUCUUUGAGGAGCCACCUGAUCUGCCGGAGGAGGACAACUGGUUCCACAAUUACUGCAUGCAGGUGGGCAACGCCUACGUCAUCGUCUACUCCAUCACCGACCGGGGGAGCUUCGAGAGCGCGUCAGAGUUGCGGAUCGAGCUGCGCCGGACCAGGCAAGCGGAGAACAUCCCCAUAAUCUUGGUGGGGAACAAGACGGACCUGGUACGCUGCCGAGAGGUGUCUGUGGAAGAGGGCCGGGCCUGCGCCGUGGUCUUCGACUGCAAGUUCAUCGAGACGUCGGCCGCCCUGCAGCACAACGUGACGGAGCUCUUCGAGGGGGUGGUGCGGCAGAUCCGCCUGCGGCGGGACAGCAAGGAGGCCAACGCCAGGCGGAUGUCGCUCUACAAGCGCAAGGAGAGCCUCACCAAGAAAGUGCGCCGCUUCCUCGACCGGCUGGUGGCCCGCAACAACAAGAAGGUGGCCCUGAGGGUCCGCUCCAAGUCCUGCCACGACCUCUCCGUCCUCUGAGCGGUGGGCCGAAGGUGCUCCUCCCGCCUCCCGAGGGGGCCCCCGCCCUCGUCUUCCUUCCCACGUGUACAUAGGACUUUGCGCCCUUCCUCCUGCUCUAGCGUCUCUUAGGACCGGACCCUUCUGGUCAGGAAGACAAAGACUUCUGGGCAACAAAAAGACCCAUAGCUGAGCUGCCCCCGACGCCGGACAAAAUCCCGAAGCUGGAGGUGCCCCUUGUUGACGCACGUACUAUGGCCAACUAAGGGGGUUGGGAAGCCAGCACACUGAAC